AAAUCAGUUCUGUACGUUUGACGAUACGGUGCGGUGGGUACGCGUAUGAAAAGGAUUAACGCGAAAAUUUUUACGAAAUGAGAGCAAAUAUUAUUUUAUUUAUUGCUUUAAUCGGUCAAUCGUCUUUGACGCGCUCUAGUAAAGCCUUUUUGGGUAAUAAAUUGGCUUUGCUAAAAGGUGCCGUAAGAAGUUCUAUUGGGGGCAGUUUCGGUAUUGGAAGCCAUGGGGCGCACGGAGGGCAUGCUGGUUGGGGAAGUCAUGCCGACUAUCAUGGUCAUGCUGGGUAUGGAGGGCAGGCCGAAUACGGAGGACAUGCUGGCUAUGGCGGGCAUGCUGGGUAUGGAGGCCAGUCUGGCUUUGGCGCCCAUGGCAAUUAUGCAAGUCAAGCUGGCUAUGGGGGUAAUGUUGCGUCUGGAGGACGCGCUGGUUAUGGAGGUCAUGUCGGCUAUGGACUCCAGACUGGCUACGCAGCUCAUGCUCGAUAUGGGGGUAAGGCUGAGUUUGAUGGUCGCGCCGGCUUCGGAGGCCAUACUGGCUACGGAGGUCAUAGUGGGUAUGAAGAUAGUUCUGCUUUCACGGGCCAAGCCCGAGGCUACCGUGGCGGUUAUAAUGGCGUUCACGGAGGUUACGAAAAAGCUCCCGAUAAUAGUUGGAACGGCUUAAAUUAUCACACCGGUUUUCAGGCGGGAAUUGGUGUCGCUGGAGAAAAGAAAUCUACUGUUAAUGUUCUAGUACCUUACGAGAAAUCCGGUUACUUUGGUGGACAAACGUCCGGUCUGGCUUCUAUUGGCGGCGCUCAACCAGUAACCCUGUACACACAAAUAGCAGAAACUCCGUUACCCUCGAAAUCAGUACAUAUUUCGGAACCAGUACAAUUCAAACCACAAUAUGUAAGUCAACCGCAACAAAUCGAUGUACAAAAGACCGUAGAACCUUCUGGUCAACAUUAUCCACUGCCUCUGGAUUCGACUCGUAUCCCGUUCAAUACAUAUGCUACCCCAUUGCCGUCGCAAAAUAAUUUCGAUUGGAAUGGUCAUUGGAAUGUUGUUGGCUCAGGUGCUUCCAAAAGCGACGGUGUCUGGGGGAAAUCGGGUUGCUAGUCAUAUCUUAUCCCUUAUCUGCAUAAGCGAAUAUUCCAGCGAGAUUAUUUUUCAUAAAACUUACUUUUUAUUAA